AUGGCGUUUACGCUUAACCAUUCCCAAUUGGGUGAUAUCCAAGGCCUCAAGUUAGAUGAUCGAGGAGUCGUGCAAUAUCUGGGUAUUCAGUAUGCCACUCCAACUCAUCGUUUUGCUGGUCCAGAGCUCAAGACCGACUACGGAGGAAAGAUUGAUGCGACAAGGAGAGGCCCGACUGUUGUUAGGCCACCACUAGCAUGCGAUAUUGAGUUUGGCCUCAUCCAGAAGGCCCUCGACAAGCCCGAUGACCGUCCCAUGUCAGACCUGGACGGCUUGACUCUCGAUAUCACCGUCCCAGAAGCGACUCUCAACGAUAACAAUGCAAAGCUCCCGGUGCUUGUUUUUAUCCAUGGAGGAGCCUUCAUCAUAGGUGACAGCGGGGCUCCGCACUAUAAUAUGGCUGCCAUCGUCGCAUAUUCCCAGUCCAUCGGAAAGCCUAUUAUAGGCGUAGCGAUCAAUUAUCGACUUGGAGUUGCAGGGUUUCUGGAUAGCAGUGAGUUGAGAGCGACAGGCAUCCCCCCCAACAGAGGCAUUCUUGAUCAAAAGACGGCGUUUCAAUGGGUUCGUCGGAAUAUUGGCGGAUUUUCAGGCGAUCCAACUCGAAUCACAGCCAUCGGUCAGAGCGCAGGUGGUAGCUCCAUUAUGCAUCUCCUUGACCUGGAUUUACGGGACGAAGCGCUUUUCGAUCGCGCUAUCUGCUUGAGUGGAAACAACUUGGCCGUUCCGUCAUCUACAAAGCACGCUGCCCAAGAUGCAUAUAAAGGUGUGCUUCAGUGUCUCGGAAUAGAACCCACAUUAUCGAGCGAGGAUCAGCUGACAGCAUUGCUUGCAAUCUCUCCGGAGGAUAUGCUAUCCAAGAUUCCGAUGUCAGUCCCCCUACAACCUGUAGUAGAGACAGACCAACUACCAUCAUUCCGAUCACUCGAGACUCAGUUGCCUUCAGCUCAACACAGGCCUCCUCUAAUGAUUGGCUCGACAGACUUUGAUGCGGUCGUCUUUGAAGUUCUUGGUCUCUUUGCAGACCGAGAUCCGGGAUUAGCACAAGGUUUCACUACAUCUUUGAUGAAGGCCAUCCCCGAAGAACACCACGUUAGACUAGAGAGACUACUCGACCUCUAUGGAAUAUCAGAAGCAGAGGAAGACGACAAAGCACGGAUCAAGAUUCUCCAGUUCGGGACAGAUCUCAAGUACUUCGCCACAUCAAGACACUACGCCAACUUCUGGCCAUAUCAGUCCUGGCUCUAUUACUUUAACGAGUCUAAUCCAUGGGACGGACCGCACAAAGGUCGAUCAGCUCACUGUCUUGAUAUAGCCUAUCUAUUCUUAAACUACAAUCAUGUCAUGGAUGAAUCCCAGAGGAAGACAGCGACGGACUUUGCUCGAGAUGUGAUUAGUUUCACAAACUUAGAGGAGCCUUGGGCUGAGUUCCAUGCUUCCAAGGAUCUGAGAGUAUAUGGAGCACUGACAGAGAACCAGGAAUCGGUAAAUAGUCUCAAGACUACGGCCGAGCCAUCCGAGGAAGUGCAACGUCUUUGGUCAGAGAUAGGUCUUGAUAAUCUUACCCAGGCUUGGGGUGCUUACUCCGCAAGGGCAUAG